AUGUCUUCUUCAUACGACAUUCCAAGUCGGGACUGUGUCCCGCAUCCAAUUUACUUUCACUUCAUCGGUCAAGCAGGCACGGCCGCACCAAAUUCAGUUAACGGGAAGAAGGUGUUCACGUCAUUCAAUGCUACUAUUGCAACUUCAGGUAUGGAAGGUGACAAUCCCUACACGACACCUAUCCUUUUGACUUGUGAUGCACUCACUGGUCGUCGCCUCAGACCGGAACACAUGUACUCCAUGACCUGCAAGAUGGUCGGUUCAAAUACCGCCACACUCGAUCACCUGCAUUUUACGACGGAUAGCGUGAUCGACCUCGGUCUGCCCGUGCCACGCGCGAAGAAUCCCGCGUGUAAGUUCUUGAACAAAGUGUUGAUGACCGCUCUGGGUGUCGUAUUCGAACGGCAAGUCGUUCAGACGCAUCCUGUCAGCUCUUCGUCGGUGAUCCUCUUGACACUGAAGUCAGUUCACAAUGAUCCAAUCAGUGGGAGUCCUGUCGUCUGGAAAACAGAACAUCACGUUGCUUCCUCGCUCCGAGGAUCGUAUGCAGUGGACGCCUGCAAUGUUGGCGUUGAGGUCUUGAUCCAUGGCGCGGUAGUGGACUACGACGAUGUCACAAACACGUGGGAAACCAAAGUGGAUUCGAUUAUGGUUACGGGCCGAGUCAAUAACCAUGUGGCCCGCGACGCAGGGCAUUCGAGUGCGAGGGAGCAUGAUGCGAGACUCGUAGCUGAUAGGGCUUCCAGUUACUCGACCCUAGUGACCAAGCAAUGCGAGUUCAUCUCGAGUUUGGAUCCCUCAGGAGGCGAUGAUUGGAUUGGAAUGGAUAGCAAUUCGCCUCUAGCUUUCAACACAACCCCCCCCAUCUUCGCAAGCGCAUCACAACCUCUGUCACGACGUGGGUUUGCCUCCGUGAUCUCAACGCGCAGGAGAAGACGCGCAAUGGAUACCCAGCUGAGCAUGGUCGUGCUUUGUGAUUAUGUUGUAAAUUGA